AAUGAGCACAGCACAGGCUGCGUGAGAAGUAAGCUGGUAGGAUUCAACAUGGCAUCGGGCGAUACGCUUUAUAUUGAGGCGGACGGCUCGGAGAUGCCGGCCGAACUAGUGGAGUUACACGAGAUAGAGGUGGAAACGAUACCGGUAGAGACUUUCGAGACUACUGUGGUCGGGGGAGACGACGACCAGCCGAUGAUAGCACUCCAGCCGCUGGUAUCAGACGACCCGAAUUCGAUCCACCACCACCAUCAAGAAGUGAUCCUAGUGCAGACAAGAGAGGAAGUUGUUGGCGGGGAUGAUUCGGAUAUGCUUGCGGACGGGGGUUACGAGGAUCAAAUCCUCAUCCCCGUCCCAGCACCCGGGGUGGAAGAUGAGUACAUCGAACAGACUCUGGUGACUGUAGCCGGGAAAAACUCUGUUGGUCGGAUGAAGAGAGGGGUAGGCGGCAGUGGCAAAAAAGCUGGCCAAAAGAGUUAUUUGGGUGCUGUAGAACCAAGCAGUAGAAAAUGGGAACAGAAGCAGGUACAAAUAAAGACUAUGGAGGGGGAAUUCUCUGUUACAAUGUGGGCUUCGGAUGACAAAAAAGACAUUGACCAUGAGUCAGUUGUUGAAGAACAGAUCAUUGGGGAGAAUUCCCCUCCGGACUACUCUGAAUACAUGACGGGGAAGAAGUUGCCCCCUGGAGGGAUACCUGGCAUCGACCUGUCAGACCCCAAACAGCUGGCAGAGUUUGCCAGGUCAGUGUCUAUCUGCCUAAACUCACCUGUCCAUCAAGGGAUGAAGCCGCGGAAGGUAAAAGAAGACGACGCGCCCAGGACGAUAGCCUGCCCUCACAAAGGCUGCACAAAGAUGUUCAGGGACAAUUCAGCGAUGAGGAAGCAUCUCCACACCCACGGGCCUCGUGUGCACGUCUGUGCCGAGUGUGGCAAGGCCUUCGUAGAGAGUUCCAAACUCAAACGUCACCAACUCGUUCACACAGGGGAGAAACCCUUCCAAUGUACCUUUGAGGGCUGUGGGAAGAGGUUUUCGCUGGACUUUAACUUGCGCACACACGUUCGUAUCCACACCGGUGACCGGCCCUACGUAUGCCCCUUUGACGGCUGCAAUAAGAAGUUUGCCCAGUCAACCAACCUAAAGUCUCACAUCCUCACACACGCCAAAGCCAAAAACAACCAAUGAGAGCCCUCUGACCUGCCCCAAGUCCCACCCCCACAGCAGCAUCUUAAUGACACCACACGUCAAACCUCCUUUGAUGAAAGAAGGAAAUGAUUGCGAAAUACUUUUUGAUAAAUACGGAGAUUAAAUUCUCCCUUCUCCUAUUGGUUGACUGAAGAACACAGUGGCACUCUUCAAAAAGAUGAAACCCCUCUCCCAACCUUCCACCCCCCUCUCUCCUCACUUCAUAGCGGCUUCAUUUUUAUUGCCAUAAAUAUGGAACUCAUGGACUAACAGACUAUUCUUUCCGCCAUGGAGCUGCAUGAGAGAGAGCAAUCAGGCUAUUCUUUCUGCCAUGGAGCUGCAUGAGAGAGAGCAAUCAGGCUAUUCUUUCUGCCAUGGAGCUGCAUGAGAGAGAGCAAUCAGGCUAUUCUUUCUGCCAUGGAGCUGCAUGAGAGAGAGCAAUCAGGCUAUUCUUUCUGCCAUGGAGCUGCAUGAGAGAGGAGCAAUCAGGCUAUUCUUUCUGCCAUGGAGCUGCAUGAGAGAGAGCAAUCAGGCUAUUCUUUCUGCCAUGGAGCUGCAUGAGAGAGGGAGCAAUCAGGCUAUUCUUUCUGCCAUGGAGCUACAUGAGAGAGAGCAAUCAGGCUAUUCUUUCUGCCAUGGAGCUGCAUGAGAGAGAGCAAUCAGGCUAUUCUUUCUGCCAUGGAGCUGCAUGAGAGAGGGAGCAAUCAGGCUAUUCUUUCUGCCAUGGAGCUGCAUAGAUUUUAAUUUUCUAUUUCUACAAGUGUGCAUAUUGUACACUUUAUUUUGGGAUAUGUUCAGUAAGACAAUUAGAUUUUUUUUCUUUUUCGCCUGAGUAUUUAGAUCCACUUACUAUAUGAUGGUCCUGGCAAGACGUGUGUUACUGUACCGUCACAUUGCUUCAAAGUAUUUUCUGAAAAAAAGUUUUGGUUUGCAUCUUAAUCUUUACUUUUGGUUAUAUUCCUUCUAACCAUUAAAUCAUCUUGUAUACUUUUAUUGUAUGGCUGUUGACAUGAUUUAGACUGUGAUAGAGGUGUGAUUUUUAAAUUGUUAACCAAUUUAACUUUUAGUUGAGUUGAUUUAUCUUUUUUCAUGAAUUGUCAACUUUGCUGAGAAACAUGUCCCUACCGUUGUUUCACUGCGAGCCUGUCUAUUCGAAUACUAAAAUUCAUUAAAUGAAAUCGCCAGAGUGA